GCGAGCGGCGGGGGCACCGCACUUGCUCCCGGUCGGCGCGGACGUGCGAGCGCAGCCCGGUCCGUGCAGCCUUGGUGGGGCGUCAGCCAUGCCCUUCUCCAACAGCCACAACCUGCUGAAGAUGAAGUACCCGGCCGAGGACGAGUUCCCGGACCUGAGCGUUCACAACAACCACAUGGCCAAGGUGCUGACCCCGGAGCUGUACUCCAAGCUGAGGGGCAAGCAGACGCCCAGCGGCUUCACGCUGGACGACAUCAUCCAGACUGGGGUUGACAACCCAGGCCAUCCCUUCAUCAUGACGGUAGGAUGUGUAGCUGGUGAUGAAGAAUCCUAUGAUGUGUUUAAGGAACUCUUUGAUCCAGUUAUUGAAGACCGACAUGGAGGCUACAAACCAAGUGAUGAGCACAAGACUGACUUGAACUCUGAUAACCUUCAGGGUGGUGAUGACCUGGAUCCUAACUAUGUGCUAAGUUCCCGUGUCAGAACUGGUAGAAGUAUCCGUGGAUUUUGUCUUCCCCCUCACUGUAGCAGAGGAGAGAGACGGGCGAUAGAAAAGCUUUCUGUUGAAGCCCUGGGAAGUCUGGAUGGUGACCUGAAAGGGAAAUACUAUGCUCUGAAGAAUAUGACUGAUGCAGAGCAGCAGCAGCUGAUUGAUGAUCACUUCCUGUUUGAUAAGCCAGUUUCUCCUCUUCUGUUGGCAUCUGGGAUGGCACGAGACUGGCCGGAUGCCAGAGGUAUCUGGCACAAUGACAACAAGACCUUCCUUGUCUGGAUCAAUGAGGAAGAUCACCUUAGAGUUAUUUCUAUGCAGAAAGGAGGCAAUAUGAAAGAAGUAUUCACCCGCUUCUGCAGUGGGCUAACGCAGAUUGAAACGCUGUUUAAAACAAAAAACUAUGAAUUCAUGUGGAGCCCCCACUUGGGCUACAUCCUGACCUGCCCAUCCAACCUGGGAACAGGUCUCCGUGCUGGUGUCCAUAUCAAGCUGCCAAACCUUGGCAAGCAUGAGAAGUUUGGAGACAUUCUCAAGAGGCUGAGGCUGCAGAAACGAGGCACAGGUGGUGUUGAUACUGCUGCUGUUGGAGGAGUGUUUGAUGUUUCCAAUGCUGACCGUCUGGGUUUCUCGGAGGUAGAGCUGGUGCAGAUGGUGGUUGAUGGUGUGAAGCUGCUUGUUGAAAUGGAAAAACAACUUGAAAAUGGUCAGUCUAUUGAUGACCUCAUACCAGCUCAGAAAUAAAAGCACUUUAAUUCCAUGCUUCCUAACUUAUUGGAUGAAUAACCAAUAUCACUCCAAUCAAAACCCUGGGGUUGAAACCCACUUAGUAACACUGUAGAAAAGUCUUCCAUCCAUCUGUGUUAGAGUUUAUUUUUUUGAUGGCUGAGAUGUUGCUGAAAAACUGAAAUAAACUAUUGUUUUGGCUUGACAAGCGUGUCCUAAACAAAUCUAUUAACUGGCAGAAUGCUGAAUAUCUAGCUAGGAGCCCAAAGUGACUUUUCUUUGGUUUGAUAUUCUGUCCUGGAUUGUCUGAGCUUUGUGACAUAGCUAUGAAGAGUCUUGCUGCUUAACUUGAGCACUAAAUACAGUGAAUUACAAGUGGCUGCACCAUCUUCUUUUUCUUUUCACUUGAUCUCUGCUGUAAAAUCAAAUACUGUCAAGUGAUAUAUAUUGGAGAAGUAUUAACAUCUCAAUUAAAAUACACUUUUUGGCAAAACUGCCAUACCUGUGA